UUGAAUUAUCGCAAAUUAGCAAAUGGAUAUUGUGGUUUUUGAAAAAAUUUAUAUCAAAAUUCUUAGUAAUAUUAAAUAAUGAAUCUUCGUGAAUUUCUGUAGCAAAAAUUCCACAAGUUUCCUCAACAGUGAGUCUUAAAGUUGGUACAGGUUAAUUAAUAUUUCAUUGAAAUUAUAUGAAGGGAAAAAUGUUUUGUUGGGGUAAUGCAACUCAUCAUGAAUUAUGUAUAGAAAGUCCUGAAACCUUAGAUUUGGUCAUUAAGCCCACACUGUCAAAUUGGAAGGAGAGUCAGCAUGUGCAGUCAGUGGCUGCUGGGGAGUUUCACACUCUAUAUUUAACUGAUGUGGGCCACUUGUAUUCCUGUGGCAGUAAUGAUGUGGGCCAACUGGGAAGACAGACUGAAGCUGUUGAUGGGAAAUGCCCAGCCCCCGUGGAAACAUUUAAAGGAUGUACGCUAUCAGCAAUUGCUUGUGGCAUACAGCAUUCAAUGGCAGUGGACGAAUGGGGGCAGCCAUUCAGUUGGGGGUCAGACAGCAUGGGCCAACUUGGCAGCAAUCUCGGUGCUCAAAUACAGGACAAACCCAAAAUAAUAAAGUUUCUCGCUGCCAAAAAUGUUAUACAAGUUGCAUGUGGAUCAUACCAUUCAGUUGCUUUAACAAACAAUGGCGACCUAUACGCAUGGGGUGCAAACAGUUUUGGUCAGUGUGGUCUGGGAACCAUGUCCAACAAGGAAACCACACCACAACAGAUAACGUCCCUGGUUGGAGUCCCAAUAGCUCAGAUAGCUUGUGGCAGCAACCACACAUUUGUGUUAUCAAAAUCUGGUGCAGUAUUUGGUUGGGGUAAAAAUUUCAAUGGCCAGUUGGGAUUACAGGACAGAGAAAAUAGAUGUUAUCCAACACACCUGAAACCUUUGAGAAAUGUUAAGGUAUGUCACAUAACAUGUGGCGAAGACUUCACGGCAUUUCUGACGUUGGACGGCGGAGUGUUCACGUGCGGCGCCGGCGAGUACGGACAGACGGGACACGGCACGACGAGGGAUGAACUUGUUCCUAGAAAGGUGCUAGAGCUGAUGGGCAGCACAGUGACGCAAGUGGCGUGCGGGCGGCGACACGCGCUCGUCCGCGUGGGCGCGCGCGUGCUCGCGUGCGGGUACGGCGCGCGUGGUCAACUCGGGUGCCCGCACCUCGCUACUGCUCUCGUGCCCACGCCUGUACCGGUGUCUACUGAGCCGCCAAGGAAGAAAGCCAAGUUGGAGAGAGAAACCUCGAAUGGCAGGCAGACCUACGCGGCCUCCAAAUUAAAUUUCUCAGCGGAAAUACUGAAUGGACCAAUAAGAGUCUUCGCUGGUGGCGAUCACAGUUUUCUACUGGUAAACUCCAAAAAGCCGGAUUGGUCAGAUUUCCGUGUACCUGACACUAAGAAGCAAAUUCUGACGUUGAACCUAGCGAAGCUGGCUGCGUGUCAGAUGUUCAAAGACAAUGACAGUGUUAAUCAGGAUUUACUGGCGUACCUAGAAGUAGUGUUCAGCUCAAUAUCGUGUAUAAACGGUUCGUUCCUACUGGCUCACAAUGCUCAUUUCGGCUGUAAUACCAAGGUGCCCGGUGUGGACUUGAAGCGGGCAGAGGAGGCUUUCACAUUGAUCAGUCGAUUCGAAAACACGUCCAUACGGGAACUGAUAUUUAGCAAUUUAACAGAGAACAUAAUCAAGAAGGCGAAGGCGUCGAUGCCCGAUGUAGAAGCGCUAAGAAUGUUUCUGAUACUGCCGCUCUAUCACGAGAUGAGAAAUCCAAGGCGGCAUCCAGAAUUACAGGGUCCGUUCGCCGAGGCAUUCAACAGACUAUCAACGCAGGGUUCCCGUAUAGUGCAGACGUGGUGGGAGGCUCAAAGCACCGAGUACUUUGAGAUGCUGGUGGAUAUAUUCAAGAGUGUGAUAGUGUAUGAACUGAUGCAGCCUAGUGUACAAACUCAUAAGAAAUUACAAUUUAGUAGAAGUAUAUUGCAAAUAUUAAAUUCACUGACACAACUGAACAGAAUAAACUUUUCCAAUCCGAAAAAACCUAAAAUACCAGCGGAGUGUUUCUACAUAGAAGAUCUGAGCAACCGUGUGGAUAUUGCUUCUGAUUAUAUCAACUGGCUCUCCGAUAACAAUUCAUCAUCAGUCCACCUCUGCAACUACGCGUUCCUAUUCGACGUGCAGUGCAAGUCGCUCCUGCUGAAAAUAGACCAACAGAUACAAAUGCAAAUGGCCGUGUCUAGGGCAGCUUCAGCCCUACUUACACGUAUAAUGUUCGAUCCGACUUACGAGCAUACGGGCGCCAGCGAACAGUUCCUGCAUCUAAGAGUGGCGAGAGACCACAUAUUGAGGGACACGAUGACCCAGAUUAGUGCGCACGAUUCGUCGCAGCUGAAGAAGCCUUUACGGGUAGAGUUCCUUGGCGAAGAAGCCGAAGACGCGGGCGGGGUGCGGAAGGAAUUCUUCUUCUUAUUACUAAAGGAGAUAUUCGAUCCCGUUUACGGCAUGUUCAAACAGUCGGAGGAGACCAACAUGAUUUGGUUCUCGAAUAAUCCGUUUGAGGAUGACGUCAUGUAUUACUUGAUUGGUGCAAUAUUCGGUCUGGCGAUAUACAACUCGAUAAUUAUCUAUGUGCCCUUCCCGCUUGUGUUAUACAAGAAGAUACUGGGUGAGGCGGUGAUGUUGGACGACCUGUCUGACCUCUACCCCACGCUGGCGAACAGUCUUCGUAGUUUGUUGGAGUAUUCUGAGAAUGAUGUUGAAGAUGUGUUUGGUCUAUGUUUCGCGGUCAACACUGAGGUGUUCGGCGAGAUACAGGUUCACCCGCUGAAAGAGGACGGCGAGAAUAUACCCGUCUCGCUCGAGAACAAGGCCGAGUAUGUUGACCUGUACGUCAACUUCCUGCUCAAUAAGUCCGUCGAGAAUCAGUUUAAGGCGUUCAAUCAGGGUUUCCAAAAGGUGUGCGGUGGUCGCAUAAUCAAGCUGUUCCGGUCGCACGAGCUGCAGGCGGUCGUGAUCGGGAACGAGCGGUACGACUGGGACGUGUUCGAGGCCAACGCCGAGUACAAGGACGGAUACGAGCGGAAUGAUCAGACUGUCAGAUGGUUCUGGGAGGUGUUCCACGAGCUGCCUCUAGAGGAUAAGAAGAAGUUCCUGUUGUUCCUCACCGGUAGCGACAGAGUGCCCAUACGCGGCAUGGGUGAUAUUAAGAUACGGAUUCAACCAGUAGCCGACGAGCGUUUCUUCCCGGUGGCUCACACGUGUUUCAAUCUACUGGACUUACCGAGAUACCGCACGAAGGAGAGGCUCAAGUACCAUUUACUACAAGCCAUACAACAGAACAUGGGCUUCUCGCUCGUUUGAUCGUAUAUAGAUAGGUAGAGGUCGCGCACAACUUUUAGACCGCUUAGCAAAAAUGGAAGGCGAAGGUGCAAUGUUCGAUUUUUAGAUCUCUUUGGUGAGACGAGAAGUGACGCAUGCGCGCACAAGGACACGCCUAUUGGUAGAUCAGGUCCCUUAGACAAAGUAUCUUUCGUUAAAAACGAUGACGAAAUUCGUUA